GUCGUUUUUGCACCACAUUUGAGGUUUAGGAAAACAAAUGUCAUUGCAACCCUAGCAGUACUUGCAGUAUCUAACAAUGUUAUAUAGGGCUCCCAGACUCCAAACUGGUUAGGAGAGUAAAGAAUAUCAAACCCCCGAGGAGAGUAGCGUAACUGAAAUUUUAGUCUCAAUAUUGCAAGAAGACGUUAGGUACGACAAUAUCGAAGCGAAUGGUGCGACACCAUAGAACUCAACGCUUUUUUGACCUUAAUUCAGAAAUUUUUCAUCUCUUAGGAAAAAUGCUCAAAUGAAACACGAGCUGUUUGGUGUUCAAUUAUUCCACCUUUACUAGUGCAUUUAAAGAGAUCAUGGACUGAAGCUACUCUUCAUCAAAUAUGGGUGCAAUUAUGAAAUUUGAUAACAAUUGUGCAGUAAUAUAUAUGAAUAAAUUUUUAUAUAAGGCUUCAUCCUAUAGAUCUGACUCCUACUUUUCCGCGCCACAACUUACCUAAACGUUUGUUUUCUAUAAGUUCCUUUAAAGCAAGCAAGGGAUGAUUUGAUAAAGCGAAGGGCAUCUUUACAGCGUCAACAAAUUGAAUAGACCGCUUUGCUGCUAAAUAUAUUUUGAAGCUUCGUAGGGAAGAGCCAAUUGUCGCGGUUGAAUCUAAUGGAUUACCUCUUAUAUUAACAUAUAUUCUCACGUAUACAUGUGAAACCAAAAGUUUACAUAAUAAUCUCAAAUUUCUCUUUUAUUGUUAUUCUUAGACAAACACUUCUUGAUGUUUGUGUUUUUUUGUUUGUUUAUUUAAAUUUACACUACUUUCACUCUGAUGAAAUAGCAUUGGCAAUUUCUACUUCUCCGUUACAUAACGAACACGUCUAAACUACUUUUCACAUAAAAGUGCCUUUACUACUUCAUUUUAUUUUAUCGGUAUUGUGGAAAGUGUUCUUAUAGAUUUGCCUUUGAUAAAAUUAGAUAUUAUUCACUAACUGUAAAGGAGGACAAGUUCCCGCGCGUGGGUUGUGUCAAUACAUCAAUAAAUUAGUUAACCGUUUUUAUUUACCACCACAUUUCAUCACAAGUUUAUUUCUUUUCUUUCUUGUGUGCCUGUGUGCGUUUGCAUCUAUGAGACCUGGAGUUCAGCAACAGAAUCAGCAGCGGACGCCUGCAACGGACUUCGUCCAAGAGUAUGCAGCCAAACGGCAGCUGCAGAUCGAAUUAGCCAAAAAAAUCCGAGAAGAACGCCUUCACCAGCAGGGCACGCGUGAUGGGGGUGGCAUGGGUGCAAAAGCCAAGGACGUCCUGGGCGCGCCGUCCAUAGCGUAUAAACCCCCGCCCAUGGCGAGCGGGAUUGACAAAAUCGAAGCGGAUAGAUCGGCGUCGAGCUCGUUAGUACUGCAGGUCGCGGAGGAGGACUUCAAGGAGGCAACUAAGGCAGGCAUUAUUACCCCUGAUCAGGCGCGGCAGCUGUGGGCGAUGCUAUCGAAUCAGCUCAUUCGCGUCGCGCCAUCCAGCCGGGAAAGCCUCAACACGGGAUGCUUCUCGACCACCGUAGCGAGCUUACUGGCGCUUUCGAGCUCCCAGGGCAGCCCAUCCGAUGUGGACUCCACCUUAAACAAGCGUGGCUUCAUGAAUUCAACAAAAAAGAAUUCCCACGGGAGUGAUAAAAAUGUAGAGGGCAAGUUCGCAUUCGGUGGAAGCAUAUCGUUGGAGUCGCUUCGCCAGAGUAUCGCGUACUUUAAGAAACAAAUGCGGCAGGAGCAGCACGCUUCCGGUUCGGAGCAUCGCCCUCUCAGCGAUGAACCGAAUCCGCGCCACCAUCCCGCACACCACCAUUACAGCGAUGAGGAGGAUAGCCUAGAGGGGUGCUACAACAAACCACAGGCCCCCCUGAUUCGCGACGAGGAGGAGGAGAUGGAUUUUCGCGGCGCGUACGACAAGAGGGCGCCCGCCGUCAAGUCGAAGAUGGCGACCAAUAACCACGCGAAGAAGAAGCCCGACUGGAAUUCGGACGUGAAUGUGGACGGCUUCGAAGGUGGGGAAAGUGGUGGGAACGAUCCCGUGCCGCGAACAGCCGGUAUGACGAAGCUGCUCGCUGCGCGGAUUGCCGCCCAAAAGGCGGGAGCCCCGUCGAAAUCGCAGCCGUCGGGUGGUGCGAAUAAAAAUCACCGCCAACCGCAGCUUCAAUACUCGCCGCAUCCCUCUCCGUCUUCCCAUCCCCCGCGGCCUCCCUCGCGGCAGAGCAACGAGGAGUCUGAAAACGCGCGGGAGGAGGGCGGGGCGAUGUGGGGCGGGAAUAGCUACCCGGCGGCGCCACUCAACCUCGACGACGUCCCCAUCCACCCCAAAGGGAAUCCCAAUGGGGGCUACAACCUCAAGGCGAUCGUGGCAGGGGCGGCGCCGGCGCGAAAACGAAAAGAGGCCGGCCGUGCCGCCGCAUCAAACUCGAAUAGCAGCAACAGCCACAACUGCAAUCACCCAAGUCGAAAUCCGAAGGCGAUGAGUAAUCACUUCGACAGCAACGACGACAUCGCGGCGGUGAGUGGGCUCGGGGGGGGGAACGACCUCAUCGCAGCGGAGGCCUCCGCGGCGGCGCGGGAGCCCACCCGGGAGUGCGCGAUUUGCGGUCGCACCUUCCGCCUUUCCAUCCUCCCCCGCCAUGAGCCGCUUUGUCGGAAGCAAGCGAACAAACCGCGAAAGGUUUUCAACAUGAAAGCGCAGCGGCUGGAAGGGGUGGAAGGGGCCGAGCUGCUCCGACCGACGGGGAAUAGCUACGCGGCGACGAGGACCUCUCAUGCGGCGGCGGCGGCGAACCCGAAUAAGAUCCCCAAGUGGAAAAUCCAACACGAGCAGUUUCAGGCCGCCAUGCGGGCGGUGCAUCAGCAGAAAGGCGGUGCGCCGGGUGGGGGAAAGGAUAAUUUUAGCAGAAACGGCGGCGGCGGUGGCGGCUACGCGGCGUUGCCGCCGGAGUUUGACGACCGUGUGCCCUGCCCGCACUGCGGACGGAAGUUCGCGGAGGAGGUCGCCGCACGGCAUAUCCCGAAGUGCGCGACUACGGUCGCGAAGCCAAAAGGGAUUCGCCCGAUUCGACGGUGA